AAUCCACUUGAAAAUCCUUCUUUUCCCUUGCGUUGAGAAGAAACCAAGAAGCGAAAAUCGGCACCGUUCCCGUCGCCGCCUCGUCGCCUCCGUCGCCCGUCUUCCUUUUCCGCCGAUUCGUGCCAAGGCGAGUCCGCGCCCACCACCACCACCACUCUCCUUCCCACUGGCUAGGGUUUUCGGUUUCUAGAACCUCACGCCCGCCCGCCCGCCCGCUCCAUGCAAGCCCCGCCGCUCGCCGCGCUCGCCGGAGGCGCCUGGGCCUCCCAUCGACCUGCCAUAUUAGCGGCGCCGGCGAGCCUCCGCCGUCCCAGGCGCGGCGCGCUCCGGCUGCCCGCGUGGAGGGCGGCCGGAGGCGGCCGGGCCCCGCGGCUACCGGCCAAGGGCGCCGUGCUCGCCUCCGACACGGGGGCGGACGAGGAGGUCGCGGGGCCAUCGCCCCUUCUCGACGUGCGCAGCGAGCAAGAGUUCGUUCUACGCGUCAGGAAGGAAGUGGAGAGAGGGAAGUUGCGUCCGGAUGUUGCCGACAACUUUGAAAACCUGUACUACAAUUACAAGAAUGCGGUCCUACAAAAUGGGGAUCCAAAUGCAUAUCAGAUCAUGCUUUCCAACAUGAUGGAUUUAUUUGACCGCGUUCUGCUGGAUGAAGAGAAUCCAUUUACGUUUCAGCCUUAUCACAAGGCCAUCAGAGAACCGUUUGACUAUUACACUUUCGGUCAGAACUACAUUAGGCCACUGGUAGAUUUUAGGAACUCUUAUGUCGGUAACAUUUCUGUAUUCAGUGAUAUGGAGAAGCAGCUUCGGCAGGGUCAUAAUGUUGUUCUGAUGUCUAAUCAUCAGACAGAAGCGGAUCCAGCAGUUAUUGCCUUGUCACUUGAAAGAAGCAAUCCGUGGAUUAGCGAGAACAUAGUUUAUGUUGCUGGGGAUAGGGUUCUUACAGAUCCUCUUUGCAAGCCAUUUAGCAUGGGAAGAAACCUCCUCUGUGUGUACUCAAAAAAGCAUAUGAAUGAUUUUCCUGAGCUAAUUGAAAUGAAGAGGAGGGCAAACACUCGAAGUCUCAAGGAAAUGGCUUUGCUUUUACGUGGGGGUUCACAUAUAAUUUGGAUAGCUCCGAGUGGCGGUAGAGACCGUCCUGACCCUUUGACUGGAGAAUGGCACCCGGCGCCGUUUGAUGCAUCUGCAGUGGAUAAUAUGAGGAGGCUUCUGGAGCAUUCUGGCGUUCCUGGGCACAUAUAUCCAUUAUCAUUGCUAUGCUAUGAGAUUAUGCCUCCACCACAACAGAUUGAGAAAGAGAUUGGUGAGCAAAGGGUGAUAUCCUUCCAUGGUGUAGGCUUGUCAGUAGCUGAAGAAAUAAAGUAUGGGGAUGUUACUGCUCAAUCUCGGAAUGCUGAUGAGGCAAGGGGGACAUUCUCAGAGGCUCUGUACAAUUCAGUUGUUGAUCAAUAUAAUGUCCUCAAGUCUGCUAUCUUUAGAGACCGUGGAGCAGUUUCGUCAAACCCUGCCAUUUCACUCUCGCAACCGUGGCGAUGAAACUAAGCUUUCUCAGGCCUGGAUUUCUCAUUUCUUUUCGACAGAGCAGAUGAACUGCUAUAGUGCAACGUUGUGGGUUUUUGCUGGGAAGGCCUUAAACUUUGAUGUCGUCACAGUUAGGAAUGGGCUGCGACGGCGGCCUUGCAGACCCUGUAAGUUGUUGAAGUCGCGUGAAGGAAAAACCGUGUGAUAUGCUGCUACACCGUGUUCAUUUAGUGACAAGAAGUGCGGCUGUUGUCAGUCUAAUCCUAAAUUGCACGGCGGAACCAGCAGCAGAUGAUGCAUGUGUUCAUCUUUUGUGAAGAGCUACUGCUGUAUCAGAUGGCUAUCAUCUGGGCCAGAUUGGUCCAGCAAAUACAGAUUGGUCCCUGGAUCCUGGCAGGCAGUUGGCUCGAUUUUCUUUUUGUGCUAAAAGUUAACUCGUCUUAUUUUUUGAUUAGUUUUGUGUACAUAUUAAUUCUUUUGCUCCGAAAUUUGGAGACACAACAUGAUAUAUACAUACAGAGCCCAAUAUGUGUCGCCUUCC